CUCUCGACGCACGACACAACCUCUCGAUUCCGGACGUGCCUGAUGGUGGCUCUUCUCGUUACGCCCCAAGACCUAGCACUGCCUGUCGCCCAGCAACUAAGGCGGCAGGUCCGUGCUGUCUCGAACCACAGAAACCUAGGAGAACUACACGAAGCACCCUUAUGCUAAAAAGCGCCCAGAACUAUCCAGCCACGCCGGAUCCCCUCCCCCACCGCGCCGACCUGUCCCGCCUUCUAACCUCUAACCUGAUUCCUGUCUUCCGCGCCUGCGUAAAACGUCUCCAGUGCGCACGCCGGUAGGCCCGCCCCUCGCGCUGUACCACGCCCUCAAAGGCUCCGCCUCUGCUGCUUGAAUCCCACCCCUCUAUCUGCAGGACCCUGAGCCGUAAUGAUCCUGCAACAGCCCCUGGAGCGAGGUCCCCCAAGUCGGGACCCACGGGCCACCACUGGGGUAACUCGCGGCCUAAACGCCAGGUGUGUAAUUGGUCCCUGAGUGGGCUGGACGAGCGGAGGGCAGGAGUUUUGGCUGGGGGAUCCAGGGCUGGUCAGUAGGGGGAUCCUGGAAAGUGGGGAGGCGAUUCAGGAAACCGUGGUGCUUGAGCUUGUGUUGAAGCAGGGAAGCCAAGGUCAAGAUUUCCAAGGGAACCUUUGCACAAGCAGUUCCUGUCUGAGGAGAACAUGGCCACCCAUUUCUCCCGACUCAGCCUACAUAAUGACCACCCCUACUGCAGCCCCCCUGUGACUUUUCCCGAAGCCCUGCCACCACUCAGGAGCCCUUGCCCAGAGCUGCUUCUCUGGCGCUAUCCCGGGAGCCUGAUUCCUGAAGCCCUCAGGCUGCUGAGGCUGGGGGAUACCCCCAGUCCCUACUACCCUGCGUCCCCAGCUGGGGAUAUCGUGGAGCUCUGAGUAUUGAUGGCCUGUGUCCCUCCCUAUCUUCUUUCUGACAACAAAGACCAGCAACUCCCAGAAAGGGAUGAAGUCCUUCUGCAAACCUGGCCACCAGGACCUUCCCUCUGACAAGAGGACACUAGCUCGGUGGAACCCUCAGUGAAAGGCAGCCUGGGAAAGGGAAAAUGUUACCCCAUUAGUGAAUAAAGACCUGUGAGCAGUUGAAGAUUUCUCAGCAGCCUUUGGGGAGGGUGGGGUACUGGAUGCUGGGGUUUCCUCCUCAAAAUCUUCCCUGGAAAAUCGGUGAGGGCAAGCCAGGUCCUGGCAGGCUGAGCUCCAGGCAUUGAGAAUGUGUGAGUCACAGCCUCACCCCCGCCCCCGCAGUGGCCGACUGGCUCCCUCCCUCCAGUUCUGGGGAGUCAAGUUAGGGAUCAGGCCAUAUCUUAAAGUUAAAGAUUCUUUUAUUAAUAAGUCUCCCUCCCCUCCAAACAUUAUCCCCACAAUAAAUAUCACCCCCCUUGGGA